AGUGAAGAAAAGUGGGUUUAACAAUAAUUUGCUGCAAAGUUAGAAGAGGGCUUCAGCUUUAUUAACUUCUUCCUUUGCUUUCAUUCUCUUUCUCUCUAUCUAUCAUCAUCAUCCUCGUAAUCCUCAUCAUCUCUCUCUCUCUCUCUUUCUCCAUACCCUAGCUACUUGCAGUUAUAUACAAAAAAAAAAAAAAGGCUGCUUAGCUUUGCUUCUCUUUCUUCUUAUUUCAUCAUCAAUGGUUUUUAUCUAGCUAGAUAUUAAACCAAACUGUGAGCUCUAGCUAGAGAAGAAAGAGAAAGAGAAAGAGAUUGGUGAAACCAUCAAGAUUGGUGAAAUCUAGAGAUAUGGAGCAAGUAGGAGGAGGUGGAGGUGGUGGUGGUGGUAAUGAAGUUGUGGAGGAAGCUUCACCGAUUAGUUCAAGACCUCCUGCUAACUUAGAAGAGCUUAUGAGAUUCUCAGCCGCUGCGGCUGAUGACGGUGGAGGAUUAGGUGGUGGUGGAGGAGGAGGAAGUGCGUCUUCUUCAUCGGGAACUCGAUGGCCGAGAGAAGAAACACUUGCUCUUCUUCGGAUCCGAUCCGAUAUGGAUUCUACUUUUCGUGAUGCUACUCUCAAAGCUCCUCUUUGGGAACAUGUUUCCAGGAAGCUAUUGGAGUUAGGUUACAAACGAAGUGCAAAGAAAUGUAAAGAGAAAUUUGAAAACGUUCAGAAAUAUUACAAACGCACUAAAGAGACUCGUGGUGGUCGUCAUGAUGGUAAAGCUUACAAGUUCUUCUCUCAGCUUGAAGCUCUCAACACUACUCCUCCUCCUCCUCCUCCUCCUUCAUCUUCCCUCGACGUCACUCCUCUCUCCGUCGCUAAUCCCAUUCUCAUGCCUACUUCUUCUUCUUCUCCAUUUCCCGUAUUCUCUCAACCGCAACCGCAAACGCAACCGCAACCGCCUCAAACGCAUACUGUCUCUUUUACUCCUACUCCACAGCCUCCUCCUCCAAUGGCUCCGACCUUUCCGGGAGUUACUUUUUCGUCUCAUAGCUCAUCCACGGCUUCAGGAGUGGGGUCUGAUGAUGAUGAGGAGGACGAUAUGGACGUGGAUCAAGCUAACAUUGCCGGUUCAAGUAGCCGCAAACGCAAACGUAGGAAUCGCGGAGGAGGUAAGAUGAUGGAACUAUUCGAAGGUUUGGUUAGACAAGUGAUGCAGAAGCAAGCGGCUAUGCAAAGGAGUUUCUUGGAAGCGCUUGAGAAGAGAGAACAAGAACGUCUCGAUCGUGAAGAAGCUUGGAAACGUCAACAGAUGUCUCGGUUAGCUCGAGAGCAUGAGGUCAUGUCUCAAGAACGAGCCGCCUCUGCUUCUCGUGACGCCGCAAUCAUUUCAUUGAUUCAGAAAAUUACUGGUCACACUAUUCAAUUACCUCCUUCCUUAUCAUCAUCUCAAACGCCUCAACCGCCCCAUCAACCGCCUCAACCGCCCCCAGCCGCUAAACGUGCUCAAGAACCACCAUUAUCAACAGCUCAGUCUCAAUUACAACAACCAAUAAUGGCGAUUCCGCAACAACAGAUUCUUCCUCCUCCUCAUCUUCCUCAUCAACCAGAACAGAAACAACAACAACAACAACAACAACAACAAGAGAUGAUGGUGAGCUCGGAACAAUCAUCAUUACCUUCAUCAUCAAGAUGGCCAAAGGCGGAGAUACUAGCGCUUAUAAACUUGAGAAGUGGAAUGGAACCAAGGUAUCAAGAUAAUGUCCCUAAAGGACUUCUAUGGGAAGAGAUCUCUACUUCAAUGAAGAGAAUGGGAUACAACAGAAACGCAAAGAGAUGUAAAGAGAAAUGGGAAAACAUAAACAAGUACUACAAGAAAGUUAAAGAAAGCAACAAGAAACGUCCUCAAGAUGCUAAGACGUGUCCUUACUUUCACCGUCUCGAUCUUCUUUACCGCAACAAGGUACUCGGUGGUGGAGGCGGUCCAAGCACUUCUUCUGGUUUACCUCAGGAACAAAAGCAGAGUCCGGUCUCUGCGGUGAAACUGCCUCAAGAAGGAGUUGUUAACGUUCAACCUCAUGGGUCAGCUGCUUCAAGUGAGGAGGUGGAGCCUAUAGAGGAAAGUCCACAAGGAACAGAAAAGCCAGAAGACCUUGUGAUGAGAGAGCUGAUGCAACAACAACAACAACAACAACAACAGCAGCAGCAACAAGGGUCAAUGAUAGGUGAGUAUGAAAAGAUUGAAGAGUCUCACAAUUAUAACAACAUGGAGGAAGAAGAAGAGGAGAUGGAUGAAGAAGAACUAGACGAGGAUGAGAAGUCCGCGGCUUUCGAAAUUGCGUUUCAGAGCCCUGCAAACAGAGGAGGCAAUGGCCACACCGAGCCACCUUUCUUGACAAUGGUUCAGUAAAAAAAAAAAACAGAACCAUUGUUUCAAGAAAAAAA